AUGGAUAGCCCUUCAGCGCCGCUCGCGGACUAUUUCUGGAUUGCGGGCGUCGAGUCCAUAUCCUACCAAGACCUUCCACCUCCAACUUCAGCAUCGUCUACCCAGGUAGACGGCACCAUCGAUGAAGAUGGCGAACCCGACGACGAUCCCGAACCGACGCCAUCCCCCUCGGCUAACAGGAACUCUGCGAGACACUCUCGCCAGAACUCUAAUAACAGACUCUCCAAAGCAUCGUUCGCUUCGAUCCAGGCCCUAGAGGAGUUGGACGGGAACACAAGAAGUAACAGAAGCAGUGCUACAAUACGACCUAACCCUCACCCCGCAGCAGCGCCGCAGGAUGGCGGCGGCUUUCUUAUGGAUUUCGAUUUCGACAAGGCCUUGGUCAAGUUCGCGGCAGAGAGGGAGAACUUCCUGGAGGACCUCAGCUUCUCAGCCGGCGCGAAGACGCAAUCGAAACCGAUGGUGAACCCACGGACGGACAAGAUCAAGGCAGACGAAGCCUCGGGCGGAAGGAUGAGCCCGAUGAAGAGCAUCAGGGGAAGCAUCAGAGGCAGCAUAAGACGGAAAAUAAGCUUCAGGGACAUGAACAGCGUGCGAAAGCAGCCAACAACCCCGAGACCUGGUAUGGCCCCAUUUCGCGAUUUAGGCGGAGGGUCCCUCUUAAAGGAAGUGGCAGAAGGACUGCCUGCGGAAAUUUUCGAACAUGACUGCAAGAAGAACUCUCUGUUCUGUACUGACUUCUGCAAACUAGCUUCAAUCCGAACUACUAGGAGACUGAGCAGCUACAAUUCCGUCAUUCCCCCUCCCGAACCUCUUAACCUCGACCCUGAUAUGCACCCCCUAAAACGGCGCUUCGAACCCGAACUCCUAGACCGAUACCCUCCCCGACACGAUACGGAAAGCCUCAGCAAGAGAGGCCGAUUCCCGGAUUAUGUACCCAUGUUCGCCUUCCCUAACGACAUUCAGAUUGUGUCAUCGGAUGAAAGACCGAGAUCGACGUGGCAUGGAUUUACCAUGACAUCGGAUGAUAAUUCUAAGCUCUAUGGAGUAACCGUCAUUAUAUGGACAGCACUCACAACAGAUGUAGCAGAGGAUAUCGAGAUGCGUUGCGAACUUUGGAGACAGAGACAUAUGACUGAGGAAGAACGAGAGCUUGCAGGCAGCCUUGGAGCACGUCUCGCUGCCGAACGUGCGCAUCUCUCGCAGCUACUGGCGAAACUUCCUACAAUAGCAUCUGGGUCGUCUGCUCGAGAGACGCUAGAUGACCAGAUCAGUGCGGUAGAGGAGAAAAUUAGCCUGAUGACGGAAAUGCUGAGGCCUCUGAGACAUGGGGCUGCAUCGAAGAUUGAUGGCUUGACUGCCGGCGAGAGUGGUCUCUGGAUGCCUCGAGCGUACGGCAUUCUUGGCAGAGAUGUUACAAGAAUGGGUUUCUGGAAGGAUUGGCUUCGAGCCGUCAUAGUGCCAAUGACGGACGGUGGGGUUUUACGCGUACCUCCAAGCUCUCCACGAGUCGGUCGCUGGCAACCUUUAGAACGAUACGUGGUUAAUCUAUGUACCGAGGCGUUCAGCCCCUUAAGCUCUAAAACUCAGGUCGAGAUUGGCGUGCGCGAGUUACGUCUAUAUGCGCGAAAAGAAGCAAUUAACGAGCUUCCCGGCUCACGUAACACUGACCUCUAUGCGUUAUUUAGAUGUCUCUCACUCGAGAAUAUCGUCACUCUCUUCGAAUAUGCCAUGUCCGAAUCGCGAAUUAUCUUCCUCUCAUCGCAUACGGCGAUGCUUCACCUCGCCUCUCACGCCCUAGCUAGUCUGUUGUAUCCGUUGACUUGGGCGAGCAUAUUUAUCCCCAUUCUGCCGGCGCGAUUGAUAUCUGCUCUUGAUGCUCCUUGUCCGUACAUUGUCGGCAUUGAGCGAAGGUACGACAAUGUCGCACUUCCGGAUGACGAUUAUGUCUUGGUCGACUUAGAUAAAGAUACUAUCGAGUCACCGACGCUGCCGGUUCGUCUCCCAAAACAACACCGACGAAAACUUCUCUCGCUCCUGCAAUAUGCGGCACCGCACAGUUUACGAUUCGGUGUCACGACAGGACCGCCUCCAUAUGCGAUCGAAUCUUUUCCUUACGACGCCUUCUCUGCCGAAAAUGGCGCCCUUUUUGAUGAGAAGGCUGCGCCAAGUACGCUGUACAAAUGGGUUGCACAGAAUUCAUCAUCUUUUGGGGAACCCGAGCCUGCAGGUACAGCAAGCCCUCCCGUGUUUAAUGCAUUCUUGCAUGCGAAGCCGGGAGGAUCCGAACGGCCUACGACCAGCAAAUCAAACAAGACCAGCCCGCCGUCGUCAGUAUCGCCUGUCUCGGUGAAUUUCCCGCCCAUGCCAGCGACACCUAUUUCCAGAAGCGAUUCUGGGUUCGCACUAUCUUCUACGCUAAGAGAGAAGAGAUCGGGGCAUUUCGACGAGAAGGGUCGGCGCAGCUCCUCAUUCGGCCAUGCACCGGUUCACCGACCUCACGCGCCAUUCUUAAACGGCCACCAGUCGAACCUGUCCAUCUCUGCCAUUUCAAUAGACUCACAGUCGUCGUACGGGGGUUACGCUCCGUCGACGUACGCACAGUCUACUAUCGCCGCGUCAACGGUGAUGCCGAACAUGCUCGUUCAGCCAGUAGAGAAUACCGAGUCUACGAUGUGGGUUGAAGGACACUGCUUCAAUUUCGGUGCUAAUGACACCUCCUUAACCUGCACGAUUUGCGAUGAGCGUUGUGAGGGUGAUGGAUGGUACAGAUGCGCAGGGUGCGGGGCAGUCUCACACGGACGUUGUCUCGGCUGCGUCUGUAUCGUCUGUCCAGUCGCCUUUAGCGAGGAUAAGAUUCGCGCUGCUUUCGUACGUUGCCUUGCGAGUCUUCUCUAUACAUAUCGCAAGCAUUUGGGUCGGCCGACGAAGGACCAAAAGAACAGCGGUCAAAUAUAUGGGUUCGAUAUGAAUGGAUUUAUUAGGAGCUUGCCGUACGAUCAACAGGAGUACAUUACCAUGAUGAAAGAAACGCAAGCAUUCAAUGAAUUCAUCCAUCAACGCGAAACGCACCCGGGCACGGACCCCGAGAUUCGCCUUUUCGACGAGAUAAUUCUCGCUAAAAAGGCUCGAGGGAAAUCCGGCCUGUCUUCAGGCUUAUCCCGUCUCUCGACGAUAAGAGCCUCUCACGGCGUCUCUGCUUCUCUACCAGGACUUCAGAUCCCAUCCAGGAAUUCGAAGCAAACGCCAUUUUUGACAGACACAUCUGAUCACAUUUGGAGAACGGCUUGUGUGCCUGUACCAAAUGCCAAGUUCCAAGGCGAUUACCGAUCGGUGACGACAAGAACACCGGCACGGCUAGACCCUUCGCUGAUGAAGGAACCCCGUGCCAUACAGGGUGUGCCACGAGCUGAGCAACGUAGAAGAGGGGUGAUGAGGAAACAAGUUCCUAGCAUGAUGAUUCCCACGCCGGCCUCCCCCUCUUCUCCCGAGUCUCGAUAAAUCGGGUUAGCUGUGUUGGCUGCAUACCAGGUCAAGGACAACCUACUAGAAUGUAAUAUUAACGAGGACGAAGGUGGUAUGCUUUGCCUUGAUUGUACUAUAGCUGGGAGGGAACAUGAGAUGAACAAAAGUUCCCUAAUUUACCUCUUUUUCCUCCGAAUAUCCAGAAAUCAGUCGACAUUUCGCGUUCCGAACCGAAAUCCUACAGCAUCGCGCUAUCGAGUGGAGGAAGGAAAUAAUGUCUAGCUAAAUUUGCUUAUCGACCGAGGGUGUAAGGUGAAGAAGACCUAGGGGACGAUGAAAAGGGGGGGAGAAAGAGUAGCAGGGCAGAAAUCCACCCGGCCUUGAAUAUGUAGUGAGUGAGUGAGUGGUUGGACUUAUUUGCAGA